AUGCCUGGAUCCUGGCCCAACUGGCAUCGCACCAGCACCUGCGUUGCCCACCGCAUUAUCCCACCCGUGCCCUUCCCCCCACCCACGGUGCAGUCCAGGGUCGCGGACCCUCUACCCCCGGCUGCAAAGCAGGAUUCUCGCAUCUGGGCUUUCGACGAGGUCCUCAGCAGAUGGGAGACAACCUCUGGCUCGGCCUACGUGCCCAAGACCCAUGGCGGGCCCUGUGACCAGCCCAGAGCCCAGAACCUGCAGACCCCACGCGGACUAUACCGCGGCUGCGGCCUCCCACUGACCACAAAAUACCAGCGCAGCGAGAGGAGGGCGCAGUACACCGGCUCUCCCGACCAGGACGCGUGCGCCCCCGAAUACGUCGGGCCCCAGCCCCUCACAAGUCGCAGACCACCACCCGUGCCGAAAGCCUACAGCCCCCAGAACUCCCGCUCCGCCAGCUUGAAGCCGGCGCUAGUGGGAGUCGGCCGGGCCAGCCCCACCCCGACACGCCCCCUGGAUCGGGGCGGAGCCGAGCUCGGGACCUCCAAGGAUGUAGAUGCUCCAGCAUCCAGGGAGCCGCUGCGGCCACUGUGCCGCCCCAUCAAUGCCACCCUGGCUGCCGAGAAGGAGGCCUGUCCCGUGUGCAUCACCGUCAACACCACCAUCUGUGCCGGCUACUGCCCCACCAUGAUGCGGGUGCUGCAGGCGGUCCUGCCGCCCCUGCCCCAGGUGGUGUGCACCUACCGCGAGGUGCGCUUCGAGUCCAUCCGGCUCCCUGGCUGCCCGCCUGGCGUGGACCCUGUGGUCUCCGUCCCCGUGGCUCUCAGCUGUCGCUGUGGACUCUGCCGCCGCAGCACCUCUGACUGUGGGGGUCCCAAGGACCACCCUUUGACCUGUGAUGACCCCCACCUCCAGGCCUCCUCUUCCUCAAAGGACCCUCCCCCCAGCCCUCCAAGUCCAUCCCGACUCCCGGAACCAGCAGACACCCCGUUCCUCCCGCAAUAAAGGCUUCUCAAUCUGCA